UCCGAUUGGUUUCAAACUCUUACUUAUCAAUCCUCAUAGAAACAUCACACCAUGGUAAUGCUAUGCUUUUACCGCGCAUCGUAAAAGGAGCAUUCCUUGCCCAUUCUAUAAAAUGUUUAGCUAAUAUAACGACGUCUCACUUAUCAAUUUUAAAGUGUUGUACCCUCCCCAUCACCCACCCCCAUCCCGUUUGAAAAAUUCUAGAUCCACCUUGCUCAUGAAUAAAAAUGACAGUUUCCAUCCAAAUCGGUGAAAGCUUUCUUUCGUCUUGUACAGUAAUCACCUCCUGCCACAUAAAAAAAAAAAACCACCUGUGACUAUUUGAUAGCUUAUGCUUAUUCAUUUAUCUUUCCAGAGACAGUUUUUAAGAGCAGCCAGGAUAACAAACCUACAUAUCGAAUUCCAGCGCUGGUAUAUUACGAACAUCAUUUUUUAGCCUUUUGUGAGAAACGACUUAACGGAUACCAUGACCAAGGACCAAUGGAAUUGGUGUUGCGAAGGGGACAUUUACAUGAUAAGGAUGUUAAGUGGAAAGAAGAGGCCCAUGAAUCCCAUUCCUAUUGUGGUUGGGGAAGGCCACAUCAUCUUGAUGUUUAAUACUUAUCCGGAAUCCAUAUCAUCGCAUGGUAUGUCAAAGGAGAGGCAUAUUUGGGAUACGCUAAUAAAAUACAGCAAUGAUGGAGGGAAGCAUUGGUCUCUCGCUCAACCAGUUUUCAUAUUGGAACAUUUUAACAAUAGGAGUCCAUAUUACUGUGCUAUUGGGCCUGGACACGGCAUCAAAUUAGAUUCUGGAAGAUUGGUUGUUACUGGACAUACUAAAUCGCCAGAUGAAAUGGGCCAACUGUUUGUUAUUGUAAGUGAUGAUGAUGGUAAAACAUGGAAAAAGGGAGGUGAUAUUCCGUUCGCAAUCUCCAAUGGAAACGCAGUUACAGGAGAUGAAUGUCAGGCUGUUGAGGUGGCACCCAACAGUGUGGUUAUAAAUUGUAGAACAUCAGGCUCGUACCCACGAAUGCAAUGCUACAGUUCUAAUGGUUGUGACACCUUUGGUCGAUCCGAGCUUAAACCAACGUUGAUUGAACCAAAACAUGGUUGCGAGGGAAGUAUACUUGGUUUCGGUGCACCAAACAGUGUUGACCAAAAAUCUUGGGUACUUUUUAGUAACCCAGCCAAUGAAAAUGCAAGGUGUAAUCUCUCGGUACGUUUAAGUACAGACGGCUGUAAUACCUGGUCCAAACCAAAAACCCUACAAUCAGGCGAUUCAGCUUAUUCAGAUUUGAUCGGCUUCACUCACGAUUGCCAGCAGAAAUUUGCUUGCCUUUUUGAACGCCUAUGCUCUAAAAAUUUGUAUCACAUUGAUUUUGUCAUAUUUACUAUUGAUACUUAAAUAGAAAGGUAAUCUUCAUCAAAACUAAUUGAGGAUAUCAUGACAAAAUGUGUGUUUUACGCCAGCCGCCUGGUCAAUUUGAUAUGUUCAUGAAAGUUUUGACAAAAUUUUCUGAGUAUUACUGAUAAGUUUCUUCUUAUUUGAUUUACAUACAUUUAUAGUGUUUUGAGGCUGUUUUUCAAAAUUGGUAGCAAAAGGUUUUUGAUAUUGAUAUAUCUAUAAGGGGCCCGCCCCCUUAUUAAAAAAAAUCCAAUAAAGCAAUGCAUAAAUAAAAAUCUAGAUUGAUAGUAUUUAUUUUUAGAUAAUACUGCACAUUAUAAGUUAAAAUUGUCUAGCAGUGGCGUAACUACCACAUGUUCAGGCGGUUCACUGAAACGGGCCCCCGAAUUCUAAGGCCCCCUUAUAGAAAAAAAAAUCUAAUAAAGCAAUGCAUAGAAAAGUAUAAUAAUAUUUAUCGUUAUAUUCAAUAUUGAAUUUUAUCAUUUAAAAUUGUUAAUUUAACUUUAAAAUAAUCAAUUAAUAAUACAGUAUAUAGUUUUCAAUACUUUAACUUGGCUC